GAGUUUCAGCCGACGAGAGUUUCUGCGGGCUCCGGUGGAUUCAAGUGAUUUCUCUGCACAGACAGAAAACAAGUCGGAACAGUUUAGAUCUGUUUCCGUCACAUGGGAACAACCCUACAUAUUUGUAUGCAGGCAUAAAAUGUAGCGAAUACUCUGCAGUGAAAGUCGUCUUUGUAAUUGUAAUACAGGCGCGUUAAUGUAGUCCCAAACAAGAUCAUUUAAAACCACUUUUCUUUAGUUAAAUCAAGAUGCAGCCCUAAACUUACUGUCUCGCAAGGUGGAAGUUGAUUUUCAGUUCCAAAUAUUCCUGUUAAGAUGGAAAGCACUCCUUAGUCGACCGGACGAGAUGGGAAAAUGGGAGUUAACAAUGAACCCAGUGCAGGAAUGGGGUGAGGAGACUGAGGACGGUGCAGUUUAUGGGGUCACUCUGCGCCGGGAGCCCGUCCCCUCCUCCAACCCCAGUGAGACGAGUCCAUGCUGUGCAUUUGUCCAGUACCGAACCUGCAAGGUGCGGCGUCUGAAGGCUGCUACCCUGGACCUGCUUAUGAGUCACCUCCUCGACCCCGACUGCCAGGAGCAGGACUACGGCAGGAUCUUCCUCUCCACGUACAGAACCUUCACCGGUACCUCAGAGCUCAUAGAGCUGCUCUUCCAGAGAGACAAUGCUGCCUCAGACCUGGACAACUGCGAAAGCUACAGCAGCCCUCUGUUGGCCUUUGUCCAGACAUGGUUGGAUGAAUACAGUGAAGACUUCAGGGAUCCUCCUCUGCACUCGGCACUCCGGCUGUUGUUGGAUCACCUAAGAAUCAGCUCUGCAGUUCACAACAACAUGCGCACCCAGCCGAACUUCUGCUCGCUGGCUGCACAAGCUGAGACGCUGCUCAAGAGCUUACAGAAAGAAGAAGCUGAGACAAUUGUCAGUCCAGCCCAGGCAGACCUGGAGCAAGAUGAGGAGAGUUCUGGUGAUGAGGAUUCACAGUGUGAAAACCCGCUCGAUCAAGGCGGCAUCAUGGAUUUCUCCGCUACAGCCAUUGCCGAACAGCUCACCCGAAUGGACUCUGCUCUGUUUGUCAAAGUGGUGCCGUACCAGUGUCUGGGCUGUGUGUGGUCGCAGAGAGACAAGAAGGAAAACAUGUCUCCAACCAUCCGAGCCACCAUUGCACAGUUCAACGCCAUUACCAACCAGGUCAUCAUGUCGCUGCUCUGCCAGCCGACAGACGCCACCUCAAGUCCCACUUCCUCCCGCCAGCCUCCUACUACACCUGUUCAAAGGGCCCGCAUCAUAGAGAAGUGGAUCAGAGUAGCACAGGAUUGUCGUCAGUUGAAGAACUUCUCCUCUCUCAGGGCGAUCCUGUCGGCCCUUCAGUCUAAUGCAGUUUACAGGCUGAGAAAGACCUGGGCUGCUGUUAGCAGGGAUAGCAUGGCCAUGUUUGAUAACCUCUGGGAAACAUUCCCUGAUGAGAACUGUGUUCUGACCAACAGAGAGCUCCUGGUGGAGGACGGCCAAGUGACUGUGGAUAACAUUUCUCCAAAGGUAUCCAAGCGGUGUCCGAUCUCCAGACAGAUGAGUACCUCCAGUGGAGUGGUUCCUUACCUUGGCACCUAUCUGACCGUCCUCACCAUGCUGGACACUGCUUUGCCGGACACUGUGGAGGGUGGGCUCAUAAACUUCGAGAAGAGGAGGAGGGAGUUUGAGGUUCUGUCACAGAUCCGUGUGCUGCAGGCUUCUUGUUCUCAGUACAACCUGCCCUAUCACCCCAGGAUCGCUGCCUGGCUGCAGGGUCACAAGCUCCUCACGGACCAGGAGAGUUAUGAACUGUCGAGGCAGCUGGAGCCUCCGGUGGACUUGUGUUCGCCAACUCCGUGGAGCCACCGCACACUCACAAAGAAACUCUCCUCCCUCCUGACAGUGAGUGAUGGAUCUAAAAAAGUCCCUGCUGACCAGAUCAGUGUUACAUCUUCUGGAUCCAGUGGAUCUGAGAUGGAGGACCUCUCCUCACCAAACUCAGCCUGUUCCAUCAGACUGCAGUCCUUUCACAGCUCUUGCAGCAACGUGUCCGAGGCCUUCUCUUCCUCAUCAUCCUCCUCUUCCUCGUCCUCCCCUUGCUCCUCCGCGGCUUCCUCUCCAGACUCCCCCAAUCCUAUCAGCUCCUCAUCCUCCCCCUCCGACUGCCAGACGGAUCUCUGCCCUCCGACCACGUCAUGUGCCGGCGCUCGGCCAAAGCCUGCUCUGGCCUCCCACCACAAGCGCUCCGUGUCCAUGACCUCCCUGCCUGUGUAUAACCGCCAAGUGGCCGACUCGUGUAUAGUGAGGUUGAGCGUGGACCUCGGCCACAACAACGGCAACAUGUACAAAAGCAUCAUGUUGACCAGUCAGGACAAGACUCCACAGGUGAUUCAAAGGGCAUUGGAGAAGCAUCACCUUGAGCACAUGAACUGGCGGGACUUCACCCUGACCCAGGUCAUCUCCCAAGACAGAGAGUUGCUCAUACCAGACAAAGCAAACGUCUUCUAUGCCAUGUCCACAACGGCAAACUUUGACUUCGUAUUACGCCAAUUCUCCAAAGGCCAGAAGAAACCACUGAGAGCCACGUCUAGUCUUGGACGGUAUACAAAGUAGCACCUCUGAUCUACAAGUUCUGCACCUGGAGGAUGAUCUCAGCUCAAGGGACACUCUUUGGAAAUCGCCUCUAUUCUUAAAAAAAAAGAAAAAAAAGAAAGAAUGUUUUAUAAGAAAAGUGUGUUCGCCAAGAUGGUUCAUCCUUUUUUUGGAUACCAAAGAGGUAAAGAUGUUUUCAAGAUGAUGCAAAAGCACUUUAUGAAGUAGAACACUCGCUCUACAGAAACCUAUGGACUGAUGAAGAAAACCUUUGGAUCAGACAAGCUUUUAUUUCCUGUUGGAAUAAACUUUGUAUGAAUCCGUAAAAAAAACAAACAGAAGAAUUAACCCAUUCCUUGACCUUUUUGUUGGCAAUGCUCACAUUGUUUUUAGUGCAUGGAUGCAUGUGCAAAUACGGACUGAUUGUAGUUCCUGGACUGCUGCUAUGCCACUACCAGUAACUGUAUGGGCAUGAAGAUACACACACACACACACACACACACACACACACACACACACACACACACACACACACACAGAGAGAGCAACACGUGCCAACAUCAGUCACCUAUUCAUAUGUGAACAUUGAGAAAUGACUGCCCAUCUCCCAAUGCAGCUGGGUGCUAUUAUUAAUCUGUGUGUUAAAAAGGGAAUCGAGGGGCGGAAGGCCGCACAGUCGGUAAUGAACUCCUGGGGCCCCUUGGCAGGUUGUUGGCCACUCGAGAUGAGCUCGCCCGGUGUACUCAUGUAUUGCUGUGCCAGUGACCAUCUGGGGGAGUGGGUGGUGACGUUCUCACCAGGGAUCACCGUGUUCUCCGGCGUUGCUGAGAUACUCAUCGUGUUCGACUGGCUGGCUGCCCCAACUGGAAGGAUGGCAUUCCUGAGCCUUGGUAACCACGGCAGCAGUGUGAUGAACGGUUAAGGGAUGUUAAUGUGCAAAUGGCUACUGUAUCUUGAUGAGACGACAAUAAGGGUGAACUGUUGUCUGUGUGCGCUUUCAGUGUUCGUGCGAGUAAGUAAGUUUGACUUUUAGAGUUCAGGUUCAUGUUUUGUAUUUAUUUUCACUACUGUGGUUCACAUUGAUCCCACUUCCUUUUAUUUGAUUGACACAUUGUGGUGACUCACUUGGUGGCUUCAGCAUGUUUUUCAAAAAUCUAAAGUUUAUCUUCAAACUGCUUUGAUUAAUGAGGUAAUUUUACAGAUGUCUUAUUUUCUGAUGAAUAUUGAGAAUAUUUAAAAUGUUAAUUUUUUUUUAAACUUAAAUUGUAUUUUACUAAUUAGGUUCAGACUUGUGAAGCCUGGAUGUAACUGGUGCUAAAAUGGCUUGAUGUAAAGCCUAUUGAGGAGUUCAGAUGUAAUCAUUUCAAUGACGUCAAUUGACGCCAAGACUCUAGUGACACGGCUGAUAAUGAUCGAAUGUUCUUACAGUUAAAGCUGCCGGGAGUGUUUGCAGAGAGGAAGAGUUACACAAUGAACAGACACACUUAGUCAAAUCACAAGUUUUAUCACUUGAAGUUCUUCUGCCGUGUCUGGGAAGCAAAAAUGGCUGUCAAGGAAAGGAACAGAUGUCUCGUUGACCUCCUUUACCCACACUGUCCCUACACACACACACACACACACACACACGGCUUUGAAACAUACAACACUUUCUCAAAAGCUUACUUCUUCUCUGCAGCGUCCUCUCUCUCUUGUGGCCGUUGUGACAUGAAUGGACGGUAUUUCUCGACUUAUAAAAAAACUGCUUUCUGUUCACUGUUGUGAUUAAUGAAGAGAAUGUCACAAUUGUAAAACAAAGAAAUAAACAGUUUUAAAAUGAAGAGGAUUUGAUCUGCAUUUAUACACUGUAUUGAUUGACAACAUCGUAAUAAAUAACUUCAGUCCUA